UUUGUGUAUAGCAUCGUUAGCACCGUGCACAACAUCACUGUGACUGAGUGCUACAAGUGUUAUUUUUAACAGGUUGUGUCUCAUAUGUGCAAGAGAAAAUAGUCCACUCUGCUUUUGAAAUGGCGACUCGUCUUCCAAUUCACUCACAGCUUUCUACAAUAAUGGAGACCAUGGCAAAAACUGUACUUAGUCAGGUCUGCAAACUCGUCGAUGAAGAUACCGCUGAGCUCCGACUCGAGUGCUCUCGUCUCCUUUUCGCCAAUUCUGCUUUGUCAGAAAAAGUGAACAAUUUGCAAUGUGAGCUGACUGUAGUGAAAACCAAUGCCUCUAAGUCGAGAAAAAGUCACCGGACUGUGGGAGUGCAGACAAUCAGCAACAAGGGAGGGGGCCAUCAUGAUACUAGCCAGCCGACAAUAGAGAAGAUCUUUGGUAAGGACUGGUGUAAAGAUCUUUGGAAAGACAGGGAUCCGUCUGCGCUGGAUAAAGUGACAGACUCCAUAAACGAAACAUGUGAUGAGACUAAUACUAUAAAGAAUCAUGGUGAUGAUGAGAAAAAGAAAGAUUGCACAGUGGCAUCCAGCAGCUUUCAACCAAAUACACAUGAAGAUAAAGGAGAUGAUGGCAAAGACCUGGCCACUGAGGCGGACCAAAAAUCCAAACAGGAAGGUGCACAUCUGUGCACUGUCCAUCAGAAUGAAAAAAGUUCCGAUAGUUUGGAAGACAAUCCCAUGCAACUGGAAGAAUCUAACAACACAGAUGACAUUAGCACAUAUACCAUUCCCAUUGAGGAUGAUGAGGAGGACGAUGAUGUACAGUUUGUGCAUGAGAGUCAACAGGGACCUAGCCAAAGCAUUCCUACAAACUCUGAUGAUGCUGACGAUCUGGACGACCUUGAUACAUUUGAUAACUUUGACUUUGUUGGCACAGUGAUGGAUUCAAGCCAAAGCAGUUUUACAUGUCAUAUUUGUAACCGUUCAUUCUUCCAUAAGGGCACGCUUACACAUCACAUGAAAUCCCACAAGUCAAACUUCUGCCAUAUUUGUAAGCAGGAGUUUCCUCAGGGGCAGCUGGACACUCACGUGUGCGUUCCUCCUGUUGCAUCACACAAAGUCAGUAAGUCCUGUGAACUGUGUGGAAAAGUGUUUGCCAACCCCUCUGCCCUGAGGAUCCAUUAUGUGGUGCACACUGGUGAGAAGCCCUACAGAUGCAGCAUUUGUGGCAAAGGGUUCACACAGAAAGGGAAUCUAAAGUGUCACCUACGCAUCCACUCCGGGGAGCGGCCUUUCCAAUGCAUGUGGUGUGGCAAGACAUUUACACAGAAAGUCAACCUAAAUCACCAUUUAAUGUCUCACAGAAAUCAAAACUCUGCUGAAGAAAGCAGCAAUGAUGAAUUGCAUAUAUUAAGGACACCUCAGUGACUGAAGGUUAACUGAAAAUGAAUGUAUAUGGUAGACUUGUUUUAGUUGAGGAGAAAUACUACAAAUAACCAUGUAGCAAAAUGUCCUGUCAUUUGUGAGUUUUUAUUGUCGUGUUGCAUCUUGUGUACAUAUAAAACAUAACCAAAUAAACCAUUUAUAUAUCAAUGAACCUUA